CUCCUGGGCUCAAGGGAUCCAUCCUCCUCAGCCCCCAAAGUGCUAGGAUUACAGGCGUGAGCCACGACACCUGGCCUGGCUUAGGUUGUUGACAGUUGGAAACACAUCUUUCUGUGCAGGUAUCUGGCUAAAGAGUCUCAAGGGUCUGCCAGUCCCAACUUGAAGACCCCCUAGACUGGGGAAUCUUCUGUCAUGGCUGUAAUACACUGUUACUAAUGUUACAUUGAGAGAAAAGUCAGUGGCAUAAUAAUGCUUAAAACAUGCCAUUUCUUCAGUGUUUCUCUAUGAACACUACACAUGCAUUAUUUUAUUUAAUCCUUGCUACAAUUCUAUGGAGUUAGAAUAAAUCUCUCAUUCCUAGACAAGGAAGCAAACUCAGGUUAAGUGACUGACUCAGGGUCACACAUCUAUGUGGUCGGGCUGGAAGAUUGUGAGAUUCAGAGGGUAAUUUUGGAGAACCCCAGGGCUCAGACUCAGAUUUUCAUCCUGGCCUUCCUGCCUGCUGUGAGCAGAGUUGAUCAGUAGGGAUGAGUUGAUUAUCAUCUCCUUCCUUUAACUCUCAGCCACUCAGGGUUGAUCAACUGUCCUCAGAUAAUGGGACAAACCCCUGCCCUCCCACCCCCACGAGCACCUACAUAGGUCCAAACAGGCUUGAACUUCCUCAGUGUGAAAUGGAGCCACAGCCCAAUACAUUUCCCUUUUCUGGUCAGGUUCCUCAUCUAGCGAGGAGGGCAACUGUAAUUUUUGCCUUUUCCGGUAAUAGUAGCUCAGUUUUCCUCUGGAGGACCAUCUCUCCCCUGUCAGUCCAUUAUGUUUUGAGUGAAACAAAUUCCACCCCUAGUGCCAUCAUGGGUGUAUUAAUAUUAGUUCACUUAAUGGAACAGCCCAGGGGAAGUGGUUGCUCAAUGGCAUUACUGGAUCCAAGUUCUGAUUAUCUGAGAAUACAUUUAUCUCCAUUUUACAGAAGGCAACUGAGGUUCAUGGAGAUAGUGAUUUGGCCAACGUCACAGGCCCAGUAAAAGGGACUGAAAAUCCAGGUCCGCCUGACGCUAAAGCAGGGAACUCUGCCUAGUGUCUCGCUGUGGAGUGUUAGGGAUCCUGGGGUACCCUUCAAGGUCUUGGCUCUGAAGGAAAAGCAUUCCUCUCCGAGGAGACGGCCUAUAUUACCAAGGGGGUGGGGCCAGAUGCCUGAGGGGGUGUGGCCAGAGCCUGGGGCGUGUCAGAGCCGAAGGGGCAGGGCGGCAGCAGCUGGCUUCUAGGUAACUUCAGCGCCUGCGCAGAGGCUCCCCAGCGUCGCCGUAGGCUGGGACUCUAGUGGGUCUUCGGCUCAGUAGUGGCUGCAGCGCCCGAGGAGGUCGCUUCGGCCGGGUUCCACGCCCGGCUCGACCAUGAGCCGGUGCGCCCAGGCGGCGGCAGUGGCGGCCACAGUGCCAGCUGCCGGCGUCGGGAACGUAGGGUUGCGGCCACCCAUGGUGCCCCGUCAGGCGUCCUUCUUCCCGCCGCCGGUGCCUAACCCCUUCGUGCAGCAGACGCAGAUCGGCUCCGCGAGGCGGGUCCAGAUUUUUCUUCUUGGGAUUAUCCUGCUUCCAAUUCGUGUCUUAUUGGUUGCUUUAAUUUUAUUACUUGCAUGGCCAUUUGCUGCAAUUUCAACAGUAUGCUGUCCUGAAAAGCUGACCCACCCAGUAACUGGUUGGAGGAGGAAAAUUACUCAAACAGCUUUGAAAUUUCUGGGUCGUGCUAUGUUCUUUUCAAUGGGAUUUAUAGUUUCUGUAAAAGGAAGGAUUGCAAGUCCUUUGGAAGCACCGGUUUUUGUUGCUGCCCCUCAUUCAACAUUCUUUGAUGGAAUUGCCUGUGUUGUAGCUGGGUUACCUUCUAUGGUAUCUCGAAAUGAGAAUGCACAAGUCCCUCUGAUUGGCAGAAUGUUACGGGCUGUGCAACCAAUUUUGGUGUCCCGUGUAGAUCCGGAUUCCCGAAAAAACACAAUAAAUGAAAUAAUAAAGCGAACAACAUCAGGAGGAGAAUGGCCCCAGAUACUAGUUUUCCCAGAAGGUACUUGUACUAAUCGUUCCUGUUUGAUUACUUUUAAACCAGGAGCCUUCAUUCCAGGAGUUCCAGUGCAGCCAGUCCUCCUCAGAUACCCAAACAAGCUGGAUACUGUGACCUGGACAUGGCAAGGAUAUACAUUCAUUCAGCUUUGCAUGCUUACUUUCUGCCAGCUCUUCACAAAGGUAGAAGUUGAGUUUAUGCCAGUUCAAGUACCAAAUGAUGAAGAAAAAAAUGAUCCUGUCCUUUUUGCUAAUAAAGUCCGGAAUGUAAUGGCAGAAGCUCUGGGAAUACCCGUAACAGAUCAUACCUACGAAGAUUGCAGAUUGAUGAUUUCAGCAGGACAGCUAACAUUGCCUAUGGAAGCUGGGCUGGUGGAAUUUACUAAAAUUAGCCGGAAAUUGAAGUUAGAUUGGGAUGGUGUUCGUAAGCAAUUGGAUGAAUAUGCAUCUAUCGCGAGUUCCUCAAAAGGAGGAAGAAUUGGAAUUGACGAAUUCGCCAAGUAUUUAAAGUUGCCUGUUUCAGAUGUCUUGAGACAACUUUUUGCACUCUUUGACAGGAACCAUGACGGCAGCAUCGACUUCCGAGAGUAUGUGAUUGGCCUGGCUGUCUUGUGCAACCCUGCCAAUACAGAGGAGAUCAUCCAGGUGGCAUUUAAGCUCUUUGAUGUUGAUGAGGAUGGCUACAUAACAGAGGAAGAGUUCUCUACCAUUCUACAGGCUUCCCUUGGAGUGCCUGACCUUGAUGUUUCUGGUCUCUUCAAGGAAAUAGCCCAAGGGGACUCAAUUUCCUAUGAGGAAUUUAAAAGUUUUGCCUUAAGGCAUCCAGAAUAUGCUAAGAUAUUUACAACAUACCUAGACCUCCAGACGUGUCAUGUGUUUUCAUUACCAAAAGAAGUCCAGACAACCCCCUCCAUUGCCAGUAAUAAAGUCAGCCCUGAAAAGCAUGAAGAGAGUGCCUCAGACAAAAAAGAUGACUGAAAGCAGUAUUUCUAAUAAGGAAAACACAGUAGCUUUUGCUUGAAAUUGUAAAGGCACUUAUUGAUAAUACUUUUAAUGUGUUGGUAAUGAUGUUUAAAAUUGAAAGAUUUUUUUUUAAUAAAAAUGAUAGAUUUUCUUACUAAAAAUGUUUUUAUUAACCUUGCUUUUAUUGGAAAAAAUCAAGCAAUAUUUCUUUUUCUUUUAUGUUAUAUCGUACUUUACUGAUUUGUUUACUGGUGAUACAUAUGUUUUUAUGGAUUUUCCGGUUUAAUUUGCACAUACAAAUGAGUGCAAUGGUCUUACUAUUGGUGAGGAUUGAGCAACCUUAUAUAAAGUUUUAAAAAUAUAAACACUUUUUAAUCUACUUUCCUCUAAAAAUCAAUAAUAUUCUAUUAUUUCUAAUCCUUUUCCAUUUGGGAAAUAAGAAUGAAGAAUCUGAGAAUUUUACAUCUAUAACUUUAAAGAUUCAUUUUCCAUUUAAAUUUCAGUGUCUUGGAUCACUGAAUAUGGGAAGGGAGAGCUUCAUUAAUUAGAUGCAACUUCUUAAGAACUUAUAUUCUCUUUAACAUACAUCUCUAUUGUAGUUUUUUUCUCUUUUGUUUUUUGAGGUGGAGUCUUACUCUGUCACUUAGGCUGGAGUGCAGUGGUGCGAUCUUGGCUCACUGCAACCUCCACCUCCCAGGUUCAAGUGAUUCUCAUGCCUCAGACUCCUGAGUAGCUGGGAUUACAGGUGCACACCAACACACCCACUAAUUUUUGUAUUUUUAGUAGAGAUGUGGUUUUGCCAUGUUGGUCAGGCUGGUUUCGAACUCCUGACCUCAGGUGAUCCACCCAUCUCAGCCUCCCAAAGUGCUGGGAUCACAGGCGUGAGCCACCAUGUCAGGCCUGUUAUAGAUUUUCUUAACUACUUGCUAAGGAAAUCAUAUCCUUUUACAUGAACUACACGUUUAGAACUUGGUUUUAAGACAACUGCUAUGGCCAGAGGGUAAAUGGGAAUUGCCUUAUUGAAGGUAACGUUGAUUGGCUAAUGAGAAAAUGAAUUGUUUGCCACAGAGUUGAAUUUAAUUUGAGUUAGAUAGUUCAGAAUGUAGCACUUGCCCUAUAAAUGAAUCAGAUUUGUUCUAUUUAUAUAAUAUUAGAAUUAAUAUAUUAUCAUCCAAGUGGGAAUUUUAUUUUGUUAAGUAGACUCUCAAAUUUUAGAGGUUGUGUGAAGUAUCUCCACAGAAAACACAAAAGGUUUCAAAGUAUCACCCAAAGCUAGGGAAUCAAAAAACCUACUUUAUUAAUGCAAAACCACAAUUUAAGACCCAGGCAGGAAUCCAACAGCAACAUUUUUCCUUUAGGUUAAGCAAUAAUUUUUCUGAAUUGCCAUUUUUAAUGGGUCUCAUACAUGCAUAUUGCUAAUAUCAUUCACGUUUGAGAUUUUCAACAAAGAACCAAUUUAUUAAUAUAAUGUACAAAAAUAGUUGGCUUAUUUUCUGAAUUCAGUCUUUGAAAUAAAACUCCUUGUUUUGGCUGUGUUUCUGAAUAUAUUGGUGAUUCACCCCCAAGCUAAUUUUUUAAAGUCAUUUUUGAAGUUGGGAAGUCUCAUGAGAGAUGUUGAAGUAUGUGUUUAAUCAAGAGUCAUGAUUUCAAACUAGUUUUACAUAUUAAGCAGUUAGUGUUCUAAUUUAAUGGGUAAAUGUGUGUUUGGAUAAUUAAAUACCUGAAAAUUUUAUCCUUAGGUAUAUGUAAUUAUUUGCCUCUUAUAUGUCUUAAAGCUGUUUAAACAAGGUGUUCAAUGAGCCAAAACAAUUGUUUAAGUAAUUAGAACAGUACAUCUUUAUCAUAGUGUCUGUCAUAUGCAAUGAAUGUAUGUAAUACUAAAAAAUCAUAACUUUUAUCAAAGAAAAACCACACAUUAAUCCUAUUAAUCAUGAAAGCAUAGCACUGUAAAUUAAAGGUUUUCUAUGAGGCUCUUGAAAGUGAUCCCAUUGCUUUCCUGUUUUAGAAUAAUAUUUUAUGCUCUUUAUUUCCAUUUCUGUGAAUGUGAUAUUUCUAUUUUGUGAUUAUGUUACUGAAUAAACAAACUUGCUACAUAAAAUUCUUAGCAAUUAAAAAAAUUCUGGUUCUGCUAUUUUGUCUUGAAUGUAAUAUACCUUUUUAGUAUCAUGUUUACAUAUUUAUGAAUAUGAUUAAUCAUUUUUGUUUGCAUUAAGCUUUAUGAAAUGUCA